AUGAACGGCUCGGAGCUGGGCGCGGUGCCCGCCCCGCAGGAGGGCGGUGCCGGUGCCGGGGGCGGUGACAAUGACGGUGACAGUGACGGUGACAGUGGCAGUGCCAGGAGCCCCUUCGCCGAGUACGCCUGGAUGGAGCACGAGGAGGAGUUCAACAGGCAGGUGGAGGAGGAGCUGCAGGAGCAGGAAUUCCUGGAUCGCUGCUUCCAGGAGAUGCUGGAGGAGGAGGAGCGGGAUUGGUUCAUCCCGGCGCGGGAUCUGCCCCAGGGAACGCCCGCGGGGGAGGGGCCCGGGGCCGACGACAUCCUGAGCAAAAGCAACUUGAAUCCAGAUGCCAAGGAAUUUGUGCCUGGAGUGAAAUACUGAGCCUGGGAAUGGCCAGAGACUGAUUCCCUGCUCCAGGGAAAAAUUGGGACACAGGAAGAGCCUGGAGAGGCUCCAGGCACCAGGAUCUGCUCCAGCUCCAAGUAUUUUUCCUUAGGUUUUUUUUUCCCUAUUU